GCCCCUCCAAGGCAGAGAUAAAUGCUGACUCCACUCAGGCCCAAUUGCAAAGUUUGUUCCCUCAGCUGUGGCUGGCAGCAAGAGGAAACUAGAACCCUCCUGUUCUGGAGUUUUUGCUCCCAACCUUCCAGCCCCUCCGGGCCCCCACAGCCUUCUGCCAGACGAGGGCCUGCGGUGAAAGGUUUUGUUGUUGUUGUUUUGUUCACUCUUCUCCAACACAGGAGCUAGCUUGCUACUUUAGCGCCAAAGAGAACAAGUCAUCUAGGAAGAUGUGGAAGAUAGCAGUUCUGCUCUUCGUUUUGGGAAGCUCAUCGCUCUGGGUCGGGGCAGAAGGAGCUAGUACAGUUCGGCCAGAGGAUGAUAUUACAACUGCAGGUGUGGAAGAUGACAUUGUCACUACAGGUGAUGAAGAUGACAUUGUGACUCUAGCUGCCAGUGACGAGCCCUAUGAGACUACCAGCUUGGCAUCCCUGGUACCAACAACUGCAGAGAGUAUAACACGCAGAGAGGAUCUACCAACUACAGGUCAAGAAGGAAUCCAGAGCUCCACAACCUUGAAUGUAGUAACUAGUAACUCUGUAGAGAAAGUGAGUGAGGAGACAGAGACAAAAGUUGAAAAAGAUGGUUUGGCAACAGUUACCUUGAUUGGAAUCAUAGUUGGGGUCUUACUAGCCAUUGGAUUCGUUGGUGGAAUCAUUUUCGUAGUUUUGCGGAAAAUGUCAGGACGAUACUCGCCCUAAAGUGCUGAAGAAUUGUGCCCUUUUGCCAAUGACUCUAAUAAACAGCCUCCAACUUCCAUCGUCCCUGAGCAUGUGGGAGAAGAUGACCCAUGGAAAUGCUUGACCUCACACUCAAAAUCCGUGGUGACCCCUCCACUUGUCAAAUGUAGCUGAAAGGAAAGAUUAUUCACAUGAUUUGCCCCACUGCGCAUGUGUCUACUGAAAAUUUUUAAAAUAUAAAGCUGUCAAAGAUUUCAUAAAAAGCGAAAUGCAUAGAAAAUGGGGCCAAACUGUAAAUCAAUGUGUAACUAAGGUAGACAAUAUAUAAUUCAAGUGAUGUUAGAAACUGAAAUCCUGUCUUCGUUCUCAACAUUCUCUGUUAUUGUUAAAAUGCACAGGAAUUUGGAGAUAUUUAUACCAAUAAUGUCCUUGGGUCAAGUGCCUGGUCAGUUAAUGGCAUAAGCAUCAUGCAGUCUCUGCUCUUUUGAAAUGUACACAUUCCAGUCUCCUCUGGUUUAUUUUUAAAACCUGAUUUGGGGGUGGAGGGGCCAGGCAGUGGCACACCUAGUUAAGCACUCACAUUACAGUGCACAAGGACCCGGGUUCAAGCCCCAGGUCCCCACCUGCAGGGGGAAAGCUUCACAGGUGGUGAAACAGGGCUGCAGGUGCCUCUCUGUCUCUUUCAUUCUCUAUCUACCCUCCUUUGGCUCAGUUUUUUCUUUCUAUAUCCAAUAAUAAAUAAAUAAGUUUUAAAAAUUAAAAAAAAAACCUGAUUUGGUAUGAAUAAUCAAACAAAAAGAUCUAAAAUUAUCCAAUUUAUAUUGGAUAAUUAUAAUAUGUCAUGAACAGCUGCUCUCACUUAUCCAGAUAGAUGAUUUCCAGAGCAAUCAUUUCAGUCCAUCAGAGGAAUUCUAUACUUGGAAGAAGACUUUUUGUUUCUCUCAGAUGCUUGCUGUCCCAGCUUCUCCAGCAAGGAAGAAGUUUGCUCCUGCUUGCCCUCCUCCACUCCCCUUCACAUGAUGGGGAGCCAGAGUUAAAGGAGUAGCUUCCCAUUGACCUGUGAUGCUAGUCCUUCAGAUUGACUGUUGUUUUGUUUUGUUUUGUUUUGGUUUGGUUUGGUUUCGUUUCGUUUUGUUUUAUUUUGUUUUGUUUUUCCUGGUCUGUGGAGGUCUCAGUUGCAGAUGCUAAGAAAGCUGUUGUAAGCCCAGCAGUGCUGGGAACUCAAAUGGUCCAGAAACCAAGGACCAUGAUGGUCUUCAAAGAGAAGGAAGCCCAGUGUGUACUUCCGGAGCACUGCCCUGUAUGUGCCUCUGUCGUGGAGAAUUGAGCCUGCCAGCUUGCUGACACUGACCUUCUGCCAUAGAGGGAAGAGAAGAGAAGUAAAAAGAAUUUUGUAAAGUACAAAUUUUAUAAAAGCAGCUGGACCUAAAGACUUAAUGGAAAAAUGAAAAUAAAAUAGAUUUCUGGUUUAAAGGACAUAGCACAUAUUUCUGUGGAAUCAUAGUUUAAAAGAUAAAAAUAAAGGAACUGAAAGCUGCCA